CGUUUCAAACAUGUCGUCUGGAAAUAAAAACGAGGCAGUUGCAUGCUGCACCUCGAUUGUGGGACUACUGGCAUCGUUGUUUUUUGGAAAGUCGAAUACAAAUGAUCAAAGCACUGAAUUACAACCUCAGCAACCUGUAGUUGUUCAACAACCACCAGCUACAACAUGGCAGAAACCUCCACAGCACCAAUAUGACCAGCAGCUUCCUUCGCAACCUCAUUAUGAUCAGCAAGUACCGGUAAAGCCAAAUCAUCCUGUUUCUGUGCCCCACUCUCCACCAUCUCAGCAGCAUCAUGUCGACGAUGCUGCACUAAUACAAGAAGCUGAAUCGCUGCGUGACCAAGCUCACAAAAUGGCCAAUGAUCGUGCCAAGUUUUAUGAUGCCUCUCAAGCUGCAUGGAAUUCAGGAAACAAGGCAGAUGCUAAGGAACAAUCUGACAAGGCAAAGCAGUACGGUGCUAAAGUGGAUCAGCUGAAUGCACAGGCAUCCGCUCUGUUUUUUAAAGCCAAAAACGCCGGUCGUGGUCUUGGGGAGAUUGACCUCCAUGGCCAGUUUGUUCGUGAAGCAGUACGACUAACAGACGAACGUAUUCUUCAAUGCAGACAGCAGGCUAAUGGACAGGAGAGAGUGACGGAUCUGGUGGUGAUUGUUGGCAAAGGACUGCAUUCCGUUGGAGGUGUUGCCAAGAUUAAACCUGCUAUUGUCGAGUUGAUGCAGAAACAUGGCAUUAGUGCCACUAUGGAUACUCCUAAUGCUGGAUGCAUUACAGUCCAUUUGGAA